AUUCCAAGUGGUAUUCAAACAAAAUGUUAAGCUUCUUGGUAAACACGGGCCGACAAGCGAAUAGCAAAGUAUAUACCUACAGUGUUAACAGCUCGCAGAACCAUAUACCUCUCACUCUGUAAGGUCGUAUUAAUUAUAUCAGUACAUGUAAUUGUAUUAAGAAGUUAACCAUGGCAAUGGAAAUCGCUAAAGAUCUGCUCGAACACGGAAAAGUUAUUUUGAGGGAUUCUGCAGAUUGGUUUCACGCCGCUUCCCUCCCGGUACAAGUUGCUGUUGGUACCGUAGGUUUCUUAGCUGCUUCAUAUGGUUUAUAUUGUGUGUGGUUCUAUGGAGGAACCAGACGUGUGAAGAGUAGUGUAACGCUCAAAGGAAAAACCGUUAUCAUAACAGGAGGCAAUUCAGGUAUUGGUCGUGAGACUGCAGUUGAUCUAGCUAGUCGAGGAGCUCGUGUCAUCUUAGGAUGUAGAAACCCUACCAAGGCAGAAGCAGCAGUAGCCGAGGUUCGCCGAAGAUCUAAUAAUCAAAAUGUCAUCUUCAAGCUAGUCGAUGUAUCUGACUUAGAAUCGGUUAGGAACUUUGCAGAAGAGAUACUAAGAGAAGAGAAGAGACUCGACAUUCUCAUCAACAACGCAGGUAUCGGUGGAACCAAAUAUAGGACAACACCAGAAGGAUUUGAUAUUGUCAUGGCAACCAAUCACGUGGGCCACUUUGUUCUUACAUUGACCUUGAUUGACCUAAUCAAGAAGAGCGCCCCCAGUCGGAUUAUCAAUGUUUCAUCUCUUCUACAUAGCUCAAUCAGCAAUAUCGAUUACACCAAUAAGUCUGGAAAAGGAGUGAAAAAAAUGGAAUUCUACGGUCGAAGUAAACUGGCCAACGUUCAUUUUGCCCGAGAGUUAGCACGCCGCCUAGAGGGGACUGGUGUCACAUCUUACUCCCUUCAUCCAGGGGCUAUCUAUUCCAAUAUAUGGGAGACCAGCUGGGGAUCGAGCGGGACAAAAUUUCUAUAUUAUCUCUUCCUACCUAUUCUCACGUUCUGUAUGUUAAGUGAGAAGGAUGGUGCCCAGACAACCAUUUACUGCGCUAUUGACGAGUCAAUCACACAUCUUUCUGGUGGAUACUUCUCUAACUGUCGGAAAGCAAAGGAAUCCAAGCUUGCUAAAGAUGACAAACUGGCUAAACAGCUGUGGGAUGUGAGUUGCGAAGCUACAGGAAUCAGUCCGGAUAUACUAAAAGCCUAAUGACCUAGUCAACAGGCGAAGCUGACUGUUAAGACCGACCACGUCUGUUCAAAGACGUACCACCGGGCGGUUUGGAGUUGGUUUCUUGUAACUGGAACACGACACUAUUUGUUCGGAUUGGGCAAAAAUAUACAUAAAUAAAAAAUUGCCGAUUUGCAAGCAUCUUGCAAGAUGGUUCGAUUGAAGAUUUCUAUUAUCACGAUAUCACUGGCGUAAAUCCGUGUUGAUGGAUCGGGGGGAUGACUGAAAUAUUUUGGCAUUUUUUUUGCAAUCAUGUUUUUAGAUAUGCAAGGAAUUGUCAUUGAUAUGUCCACAGUGGCGUACCGUGGGUCACGGCAUGGGGGGGGGGCACCAGCAAAAUUUUUGAAUCACUGAGUGAGCGCGCGAAGCGCGCUCAGUUGCCAGUUAUACUGACCUAAUAGAGACAUUUUAAGGACAAUGUCAUUAAACAGAUAUGUAUCUCACUGAUCAAAUAAUGCGAGCGCGAGCUUAAUUUUUUUUAUAUUCACACCUAAAAAGGGACAUUAUAAUCAAAUUUGUGUAAUCAUGAUAGGUACCUGUCUCGCUAAACAAUGCGAGCGCGAAGCGCGAGCUGAAAAUUUAGAUAAUUCAGACCUGAAGUGGGGCAUUCUAAGGUUUCUUUGUAGGAAUUAACUAGGACCAUACGUUUUUUAUUAACCAACUGAUGCGAGCGCGAAGCGCGAGCUGAAAAUUUUUGAUAUUCAGAUCAGAAGAAGGGACAUUUUAAGGACUGAUUUUAGGAAUUAAUGAAGAGCAGACAUAUCUCACCAAUCCACUAAUGCGAACGUAAUCACGGACAGGAAAUGUUUCAUAUAUACGAAGACCUUAACAUGAGGCAAUCACUUUUUGAGUCAUGAAAAAGAAGCAUAUGUCACUACAUAAAACAAUGAUAACUCAAGUGCUAGGAAAUAUAUUUGGUUUAUAUUGACUUGAAAACGGGAUGUUUUAGUACAACAUAAUUAUAUAUCUCGUUAAACAGACAAUGCGAGCACCAGGAACAAUGAAGACGUAGGCCCUGGCCAAAUUGUUUCAUAAAGUUAUGAUAAAAAUGUUUCUUAUGUAAUGUAACAUAACAUAAUUAUAAUAUGAUAUAACAUUAUAAUGAAUAUUUUCUUCUUUCCCACUACGUUUCUCUUCCUUUCUCCCUCUUUUCUCCUUUCCCCCCUUUCCCCGUUUUUUUUUUUGGGUCAGCCGAUGGGGGGAUGUGCCCCCCCCCCAUGCCCCCCGUAGUUACGCCACUGUAUGUCCAUAUGGCAAAUACCCCUCCAAUAUUAUUAUCUUUUUUACCCCAUGAUGGUUUAAUGGUUUUAUUAGAGAUUACAUUCAAUUUUUUUUGACAUUCCAUCUUAUUCCCUUCCCAAAGAACCCAACAUUGAUGAAUUGGAAGAAACGGGGGUUUCUCUUCAAUGUUAUAAUAAGGACAUAAGUAUUUCGUUUGGAAAUGGUGAACUGGCUCUUUAUUUGCAUUUUAUGAUUCAAUAAUAUUGUUUUAUUUGUUAAGCGGUAUUUUAGGAAGAAUUUUCACCAAUAGAACAAUUAUCUCUUGUGAAUUUUUUUUUUUUCAUUUCUUUCGUAAAAAGUGGGGGGAUGUUUGUAAAGGCCAUCCCCCCUCCUCGAAAAGUGGGGGGGGGGAUAUAUCCCCCCGGGAAUUACGCCAGUGCACGAUAUACAUUUUGAUGCAAUUUGUGCUAUCAUAAUCGAUGAAUUCGAUUAAAAUUAUCCCGCCGAAAUGACGGAACCCUUGAUCUGUCGACAUUUCACUGACCGUGUUGAACUAAACGUACAAUGGCUGUAAAAACUCCGCCACACUUAAAUAUUCUAUUUUGUUUUCGAUUGACAGAAUCCAUUUACACUUUGUUAUUCAUGUUCAAUGAUUUUAUUGCUUAUAAAAUUCAAAUACCAAUGUAGUUUCCAAGCUCCCAUAAACUGCCAUUAACAGACAAUAUUUCCAUUUUUACGGUUACCGUAAAAAUGGAAAUACUGUCUGUGAUACCGUAUCUUUAAGUAACAACACAAUAAUGAAACUGGAUGAAAGGAUGUUACAAUAUUUUUACUGUAUAACGCUUAUUCAGAUAGAAAUUAAAGCACUUAUCAUACCAUGGCAGAAUAUAUUCGUAAGUGAAAAUAGUACUUUAAUAACUGUGAUAUCCUAAUUAUCGAGACGAGACUUUUGUUACUUGUGAACUUAAAUUCAAGAAGGUCAUUUUUUCUGCAUUUUAUAUUUUAUUUACAAAUGAAUGAAAUAAGGAAGUGAAAACAAAAUUCGAUUGCUCUUUGCUAUUUUGCUUCUUAAAAUUCAAGCAGAAUAAUUGCACCUAUAUAUUUGCGAUGAAAUAAAUAAUAUGCAAAGUGCACAAACAAGAUCUUUUUUUUAUGAUGAAAUAAAGUCGUUGAUAUAUUAAUAUUAAGUUAUCAUAAUGGUAAUCAUCUCACUAAAAAUUCCAUUGCAUGCUUUUAUCAAGUAAUAGAUGGCCAAGUUAUAUGAGUCAGCUGUAAACCUAGGCCUAUAUGCUGAUUAUCAGAACUACCAUUUUUGAUAUUCUCUAUGACAUACAUUAUUUUUUUCUCCCGCAUUUUUUUCUUCAUAUAAAUCACUUUACAAAGUAAUAUCAAUUAUUCUGCUCCUUCAAUGCGAAACUCAUAAUUAUGAUUUCUUUAUGUCAUGCAACGCUUUCUUUCUUGGCAUACAACUGCUCCAUUUUAUCGUGUGCUAACUUCGUGCAGUAGAAUUGUGAAACCAAUCGAAUAUGAUUUACAUAGCCUCACAUUCUACAAAAAAGGUUUACCCAAUAUUUGGUAAAAUGGGAACAUGCAUGUUGGUUGAGUAAAGAGAUACCAAAUAUUUUGUAAAAUUUACGCAAUGUUGCGUUGAAAUUUACCCUUUAAGACCUAGUCCCACUGCACUUACGGAUGCAGAGAGGAUGUAAAACGGAAAAGAAUCUUGCCAUCCGUUGGAAAACGUCAUGUAUCCGUUGUGUACUCUUUGCAUACGUGUUUUAUACGCUCUGUAUCCAUCGAGCAUAUGGGGUAAAAAAAAAAUACCCAGCAAACAUGCAUGUUCCCUUUCUACCCAAUAUUGUGUAAAACUUCACUCAAGUGUUUUUAGAGUGCAUCAUCUUUUGUUAUGUUUAUGACCCAACUAGACUCUCAGUCAUGGUCACAUCAAACGAACCGAUACAGACCCAUCAAAACUAGUACAUUAACAUGAUUAAUGACAUUCGUUCCGUAGGUUUGGGUCAAUUUCGUUGGCGUGACUGAUAAUAGUACAUUUGGCUUUGACUACAUGUACUUUCUUUUUUACUCUAUUCUUGGCAAGACUUUCCCUUUUCUAGAAGUUCAUAAAGAAAGAAGAAAAUAAAAUGAUUUGAAUCUAGAGAAUUCUACGUGAUUGUGUUUCCUGUCUAUAUAUGUAUGCAUGUUUUUAUUGCCAUUCCGUCCGCUUUUAAACUUUCCAAAGAUGCUGGAUUUCAUUUCAUACACAAUCAUGUUGUGGUUACAUUAUGGAUUUGUUUUAAAUCUGUUAUUUUGCAUAAUUUAUGACUAAUUGUUAUUAUGAUUGUGUAAUAAAUUUCUCAUAAUUCUUA